AUGUCGACCACCAGCUCCGACGACGAGACAGACUUGUCCUGCGGCGGAGACGGCACAGAGACUAUGAUACCGAAAUACAAACGCAGAAAAGUUGCGAUAUUCUUCGCGUUUUGCGGUGUUGGAUACCAAGGGAUGCAAAAGAAUCCCGGCGCAAAAACCAUUGAAGGCGAGCUCGAAGAAGCUCUGUUCCAUGCCGGAGCUGUACCAGAAGCCGAACGAGGCAAGCCAAAAGUAUACGAUUUUGCACGAUCUGCAAGGACCGAUAAAGGAGUGAGUGCUGUGGGACAAGUAGUUUCCGGUCGAUUCUACGUUGACCCGCCUGGAUUCGUUGAUCGGCUCAAUUCAAAACUCCCUGAUCAGAUUCGGGUUUUUGGGUACAAGCGCGUUGCUCGAUCGUUUAGCUCCAAGAAGUUCUGCGAUCGAAGGAGGUAUGUGUAUCUGAUUCCUGUGUUUGCUCUUGAUCCAAUCUCGCAUCGUGAUAGAGAAGCAGUAAUGGCUAGUUUAGGAUCAGGAGAGGAAUAUGUAAAGUGUUUCGAGUGCUCAGAGAGAGGUCGUAAGAUUCCUGGUCUUGUAGGCAAUUUCAAAGGCAUGAAUUUUGGUACAAAACCAUUGGAUUUUCAGUCAGACAUUGUGUCGAACAACUCUAAUGCAUUAAGAACUGAGAUCAAGCGAGAAGCUUUGAGCUCAGUAGAUGUUGAAGUAGCUAGAUUACUAGAAGAUGGUUGUAAAUUGAACACGAAUUCAUUGAAAGAAUCGGAAGAAAAGAUCAAUGAAACGACUGAGGCCAAGAACAAGUUUUGUUACGAUGAGAAGUUAAAGGAGAGGUUCAAUAGAAUACUGAGUUACUAUGUUGGGUCAUAUAAUUUCCAUAACUUCACUACAAGAAUGAAAGCAGAUGAUCCGGCUGCGAAUCGUAACAUCAUCUCCUUCACUGCAAACACUGGGAUUAAUCUUGAUGGGAUUGAGUUUAUCAAGUGUGAAGUCUUAGGCAAAAGCUUCAUGCUUCAUCAGAUUCGAAAAAUGAUGGGUCUUGCAGUUGCAAUCAUGAGAAAUUGUGCUCCUGAAUCACUUAUCCAGACUGCUUUCAGCAAGGAUGUGAAUAUAACUGUACCAAUGGCACCAGAAGUUGGACUCUACCUCGACGAGUGCUUCUUCACAUCUUAUAACGAAAAGUUUGAAGAAAGUCAUGAGGAAGUGUCUAUGGAAGCAUACAAAGAAGAAGCUGAAGCAUUCAAACUGAAGUAUAUAUAUUCUCAUAUCGGCUCUGCUGAGCGAAAAUACGGAUCAGUGGCUCUUUGGUUACAUUCCUUAAACCAUAGAAACUAUCCUGACCUAAAUUAUGGCAGCCAUGGACAUAACACAGACCAAGUUCUUGUCCAUAAGAAGGUUAAUGAAACCAAAGGCACAACACAAACAGUCCUAGCUUCUAAGCAAAAUGAUGAAGAACACUCUCAAGUCAAGACAUUCAAAGAGACCAUGACUCAGGCUUAA